AUGACCGUGUGUAUAGAAAAGCCAACUAGGCCAUUCACCGAGACACUGGCCGUGACGCUGAAAGAUGGCAGUCAGGCCGCGAUUGUGCCUGUGAAUGGGUACGAGGAGGCGGGCAAGUUACCCCAGCGUCUGGUUGAAUUCAUGUUUAAUGAAUUUAACAAGGAAAUCGAGGAUGGACAGACAUACCCGCAGUUGAAGCCGUUUGCGAGCUCGGCCGAGUUUGUCAAGUACUGGUUCGUUGGAUGGGUAGGGCUUCUUGUCAGAGGCACUGAGCUUCCCACGAACAGCGACUGGUCUGAAUGUCUCCUGGGCCACUACUACAUCAGGCCCAACUACCCUGGCCGGUGUUCACACAACUGCAAUGCAGGAUUCAUGGUCAAUCCUCGCCAUCGGGGUCUGGGAGUGGGAAAGGCGCUGGGAAGAAGCUACAUCUACGUGGGUCCUCGGCUGGGGUACACAUACUCGGUGUUCAACCUGGUUUUUGUCACCAACACGGCCUCUCGCAAGAUCUGGGACUCCAUGGACUUCGAGGUGGUAGGCAGAAUCCCCGGAGCGGCUAUUCUCAACGGCUUUGACGAACCCGUUGACGCUUUGAUUUAUGGAAGAAAGCUCGAUGUGGAAGAGACAGACAGUUGGAGAUUGACGGCGGCUUGA